CGGAAAGUGACCCGCGUCUCCAUGGCGACGCGUCACAAAGCAGCCACGCGCAGCCCACAGCACCCAGUCCAGCAGAAGCAGAGGGCACCGUCACGGCCUCUUUUGAGCAGAAUGGCACGGACUGGGCCCGAGGCCGCGUGCCCCUCUCAAAGCGGCCACAAGAUUCAGCCAAGUGAUACCACCUGGGAUUCCUAUGCCACCACCAUGAGGACUGCUUACACGCCCAAGACUGGAGCUGUGCCUGCUUUAAUUCGCCAAAAAAGUAUCAGAAGACUAGGAUAUACAUAUUCACUUAGUGACCCUAUUCCCAACCAGACACAGUACAAUGAUGAGUAUGUUUGGAAAACAUAUUCGAAAGAAGAUUUAAUAAAAAACGGGACUUCAAGAGGAAUCAGGAGACACAAAUCUCACCCCAGUCAAAAGCCAGAAAAAAGAGGGAAACAACAGCAGCUUCAUAUUGUCUAUAAGAAAACAAUUAAGGUGUUUAAGAGACACACGGAUUUCUGUUACAAGGAUCCUGACAAGUGCCUGAUUCUCUACGGCGAUGAUCAGCUGAAAGAUAAAGUUCAAGGUGAACAAUUGGCUCCUGAUAGCAAACAUACUCGAACUCAUCAAGCCAGCACUGUGGAGAACAGUUAUUCAGAGUGA